AUGGCGACGCACCGCUUCAAUCCCACCUUCACGGACAAUGUCAUCAACGCGAUGGGUCCCAAAACCACCCCGCGCAUGCGGAAGCUCAUGGCGGGCUUAAUCAGACACAUGCACGACUAUGCGCGCGAGGAGGAGCUCACCGUCGACGAGUGGAUGGCCGGCGUGCAGAUGCUCAACUGGGCGGGACGGAUGAGCGACGAUAAGCGGAACGAGGGACAGCUGGUGUGCGAUGUACUGGGACUGGAAUCCCUCGUCGACGAAAUCACCUUCACUCUCGCCGGAGAAGCGCAAGAUGCACCCACAGCCACGGCCAUCCUAGGCCCGUUCUUCCGCGCCGAUACACCGUAUCGUGAGAACGGCGAGGACAUCGUCAAGACCAAACCUGCUGAUGCUGAGAUGACGUUCAUGCACGGUCGCGUCAUGGACUUCCAGACCAAGCAACCUCUCGUCGGUGCCACGGUCGAGGUGUGGCAGGCUUCCACGAACGGGUUGUAUGAGCAGCAGGACCCCGAGCAGGUUGAGUUUAACCUGCGCGGCAAGUUCAAGACGGAUGAGGAUGGCAGGUACUCGUUCUACUGUCUGCGUCCGACGCCAUACCCCGUUCCUAAUGAUGGCCCUGCUGGAAAGCUUCUUGAACUGAUGGAUCGUCACCCUUUCCGCCCUGCUCAUAUUCAUAUUAUCGCUACCUAUGAUAACUAUCGUCCUUUGACAACGCAGAUCUUCGACCGCAAGGAUAAGUACCUUGACAAUGACUCUGUGUUUGCUGUCAAGGACUCGCUUGUUGUGGACUUCCUGCCGCGCAAGAAUGAUCCUCAAGCUGCCGUUGAACUUGAGUACGAUGUCAAGUUAGUGAAGUUCGAGGCCAGUACCGGUGGCGCAUGA